AUGUCAAAUACUUUUUCUAUAUUGGUAAUUGGAGAAACUGGGUGUGGUAAAUCAACAUUGAUCAAUACCAUAACAAAUUAUUUUUUGGGUGGAAAAAUUCCAGACAAUAUCAAAGUUGCAAUUAAAACCAAGUUUUUUGAUGCAACAGAAAAUUUCAAAUCAAAUGAAAAUGAUUCUAAUGAUAGAACAAAGAGUCAAACUGAUAGUUGUAAUAUCUAUUCUUUUAAAAAAGAUUCAAAAACUUUUGUUUUCAUUGAUACACCAGGUUUAUCUGAUACACGUGGUAUUAAACAAGAUGACAUAAACAUUGGUAAAAUUAUGGACUCUGCCGAAAAUUGUUUAAAUCUAUCAGCAGUUUUAAUUGUUAUCAAUGGCUCCGUUCCAAGAAUGACUAUUAACCUUCAAAAUGUUAUUACAAGACUUCGUGGGUCUAUUCCUGAUUCAUUAUUGAAUAAUAUUAUCAUUGUAUUUACAAAUUGUUAUUCAUAUGAUAGAAACUUUGAAAUAGAAUCUUUAGAAUUUGAAGUAAAUACAGAUAAUAUUUUUCAUAUGAAAAACUCUGCAUUCAGUAAAGAUAAAAAAGAAUGGGACGAUUUUUGUAUUAAGAAGUUAAAAGAAGAAUUUAGAGAUUCAUUUAUAACCAUUGAAAAACUUUUAGAGGUUGUUUCCAAAUUAUCACCUGUCUCCACUAAAGAUUUUGGGGAAAUGAAGCAACAUAGAAAUACUAUAAAAACUACUCUACAUAAAGCAAAAGUUGAUAUUGGUAAUCUUCAAAAGCUUCAAGAUUCACUGGAAUCUUAUCAAUCUCAAUUGGAUAAGGCAAAUAAUGAUGUCGAGUCAUUUAAAAACUUUACAAAAACAAAUAAAGUUGUAAGUAAUGAAUUAAAAGAUGCUCCUUAUCAUAGUACAAUUUGUAGUGAAUGUAAUCAUGUUUGUCAUGACAAUUGUGGUUUAGAAGAAAUUAUUACAAAGGGUGGCAAUGAUUUUCUUCAUUGUUAUGCAAUGUCUGGUGGUAACACUUGUACUAUUUGCCCAAGUAAAUGUUCAUACACUGUUCAUUAUCAUGAUAAAAAAACAAUGGUAAGGGUUGAAAAAACUGUAGAAGAAGAAAUAAAAGAUUUGAAGGAUAAGUAUAAUGAAAGUUCACAAUUAUCUACCAAAUUCUCUGGUGAGAUUAGUAGCAUUUCAGAUGCAAAGAACUUAACAUAUGCAGCUUUAAAAAAUAUGACCACUGAAAUUGUAUCAUCAUGUAAAAAAUUAAAAAAACUAUGUUCAGGUUUUAAUUUAAUAGAUGAACUUCAAAUAACAUUAUCUCAAAUGGAAGCAGAGGCAAAAAAAUCAAAAUCAUUUGAUGCAAAAAAAUCAGCUGAAGAAAUGAUUAGAGUAAUCAGAGAAAUAUGUGAAACCUUGAGCAAAGAAUCAGAGUUAAAAUCAAAAAAGAAAAAUAUUUCAAUUAAUGAAUCAAAAAUUAAAAAAAAUAAAAUUUUUAAAGAUAAUGAAAAAGAAAAAAUUCAAUGUGAUUGCUUAACUUGUGGUGAAGCUUUUUAUCUUGAAAAAAAAUCAUUUGAUUAUAUCCUUGAAAAAAAGGGAAAACCUGAAUGUCAAAAAUGUUUGAAAUCAAAUAAUAAUACUUCUAAUUCAAAUAAAGAAUCAAACAAAGGGACCACCCAAGAGAAAAUAAAAAAAGUCAUUUGUUCCUCUUGUAAAAACUCAUUUUCAAUACCAAAAGAUAAUUUCAAGAAAAUAACUAAUCAAGGUGAACCAUUAUUGUGUAAUAAAUGCAUUUUUAAGGGAUACAAUAUUCCAAAACAAAAAAAUCGAAAUAAUGAAACAAAACAAAAGAAAAUAAACUGUAAUGAAUGUAAAAAAGAUUCUUAUUUGGAUAUUGAAAAAUAUGAAGAAUUAAAAAACAAACAUGGUAAAAAUAUACGAUGUAAAUCAUGUCACGACAAAAUUACCCAGCAAAUACACUCAAAAGAUUUGUUAUCACCUUUGUUAUUAUCAUUUUAA